UAAAGAAAGGUACUCUACACUGAACCCUGAUGGCCGACUCAUGACUAAUUAGAUUAUAAGAUACUUGACAUUUGCCAAAUGCAAUAUAAAAAGAACACACUUAGACAUGUGGGGAUAGAGAGAGAGAGAGAGAGAGCAUGGUUGUCAUCAUUUUUCUUCUCAGGCCUUUGUUGAAAGCCUUGGGAUCGAAGGCACAGAUCUUAAUCAUGCCACAGAGGUACUAGUAAUCAUCUUCCUGUAAUUGCAGAGGCUGCAAUAUAGAGCAUAAGGAGAGAGAGAGAGAGAGAGAGAGAGAAGGAUAGGUUAUUAAAAUCGUUUAAGCUGAGAAUUAGCUACCAAGAAAAAAAAGAAGUAAAGAAUAAAUAAUUAAAGUCAGAAAGAGGUAUGGAGAUGGGUUAUUCAUGUUCUUUUCUUUUCUUUUCUUUUCUUUUCAAGGGUUACUUUAAGAAGGGAAACUUGAGAGACUAAAGAGAAAUUUAAAGAAAACAAACUGAGAAAAGUGAGAUUUCCAAAAGCAAGAAGGUACGUGGGUGUCAACUGAACUGUGUUUUUUUUUUUUUUUUAAAUACAAAUGAGAUGAGAUGAUUCCAACUCGAGAUGUUGUCCAAUUUGAGAUAUGGACUUACCCGAGGAUGCAGUUUGGUGAGCUAUUUCCUUUGAAUAGAGUGAGACGAGAUUCCUGGAUUAAAGCUAUAUGGUUAGCUAUCGUUUUGUUUAAAAACCUUUAAUUACAAUCAUCUCGGGAUUUUCAAGAAACCUUUAAAAAAACUGUGUCAUUAUUAUGGAGUCUGCUAAUCUCCAUCACCACCACCAGCAUCAGCUUCAAGGCCAGCUUGUUAGGUCUUCUUCUUUAUCUGCCCCAUCUAACUAUGGAGCUCCAAGCCCCCAUGCCUGGACCCAAAACAUCACUUUAAGUACUGGAAAUCUCAACAAUAAUGAAGUUGCCAUAAACCCAAGGCAGAAGACUGGAACUACUUCUAUCUCUUCUCCUCUCAACAAUCCCAUGAUACAAGACUUGGGUUUCCACUGGAAUGUUAAUAGCAAUAAUGCAGCAGCAGUAAGCCUCACAAACCACCAGACUUCUCAUGAUCAUGACCUACAACUUGGCAAAAUCAAAGAAGAAGAUGAACUUUCAGAUUCUUUCACCAAAUUUACUGAAAUGAUAAACAGUACUUCUGCUGCUUCAAACACUGAUCAAGAUUCGCAUCUAUCAUCCACAAGUUACAUUAAAGAUGAGCAAAAAUAUAUGACUGACCUUAGCGAAAAGCUCUUGCUCAAGACUAUCUCUUCUGGCUUUCCUAUCAAUGGGCAUCCUCAGUUUUCUCCCUCACUAAUUUGUUCUAGUUUUGGAAGUCCCAUUCCCAGCAGAGGAAACUUUAGCCAGAUAUACCCCAGUAUAAACAUUUCAAACUUGAACCGGUCAACGUCGCCAUCAAUCUCAGGUUCUUUUGACAUGAAUUUGCAGGCUCUGGAUCUCUUAACUUCUACAAGAUUUGGUGGGAGCUUUGGGCAGCCUUCUCAUGAUAAUCUUGGCAUAUAUAAAGAUAACAUUUCUUAUGAUUUUGACCGUAUGCAGAAUCAUAUGCCAUCAUGUAGCCAUAGUAAAAUAUCUUCCAUCAAAACCAAAGAAACAACGGAGGCAAAGAGGCCCGGCAGUAGCUUGAUGGAGCCGAAGGCAACAUUACAAGCUGCACCCAAGAAAUCGCGAUUGGAAACACGCGCUUCCUGUCCUCCCUUUAAGGUUAGGAAAGAGAAAUUAGGAGAUAGAAUUGCAGCUCUGCAGCAAUUGGUUGCACCAUUUGGCAAGACAGACACAGCAUCCGUACUAAUGGAGGCUAUUGGAUACAUCAAAUUCCUUCAAAACCAGGUCGAGACACUAAGCGUGCCUUAUAUGAAGUCAUCCCGCAACAAGAGCAGUAGGAAUUCUCAAUCAGGUCCAACCGUGGAGGAAGGGAAUUUUGAGCCAAAGAAAGAUUUAAGAAGUCGAGGGCUCUGUCUCGUUCCAUUGUCUUGCAUGUCUUACGUAACUGGCGACGGCGGUGGCAGUAGUGGAAACAUCUGGCCGCCGCCUAGUUUUGGCGGAGGAACAUAGUAAUGUGUAAUCAUGAGGAACCAUAUUGACUCCAUAUGGGGCAAGACUAGUACGUUGUCUAUGUAGCUUUGUUCAAUUGGAAGUUCAAGUUGAAUAGGAACUAAGCAUAAUUAGCUAAGUUGGAUGUCUAGUUUGUUUGAAUGGAGCAAGUUUGGUCAUCCUGUAAAAUUAAGGAUUCUAGGAUGGCCAUCCAUGCUUUAACAAUUCAGACAACACAUUCAUAAGUAAUUUAAACCUUUUUCUUCUACUCUUACAUUUUCUUCA